CCGGCACAGCAGGGGCCGCCGCCGCCUCCGCGCUCGGCCCGGGGUGGGGGGCGAGCGGCCGGGAUCCCAGCUCUUUAGCUGUGCGGAGAUAGAGAGAACACUGUCUCUGAGGUAAGCAAUACUCAGGGUAAAAAAUCCCCAUGAUUAAAAAUGGCAGAAGAUACUACAAUGCAAGAAGUAAGUGGGCGUGACACGGGAUUCAGGCCCUGAAUUACUGAAGAAAAGUCUCUAAAUGAAUUCUAGUAAUCCAAGGAAAUACAAGAGAGGAGAGCCUAUGGAUCAGCAACAGAAAAGGAGAAGGGGGAAAAAAGCCUCAUACAAACCCUGAGCAUAACUGGCAAGGUUUAUUGCUCAGAGAGACAGUACCUUUUGCUGAGCUGAGCAUAUGGCUAACAGGAGCUAUGUCAGCAGCUGAGAACACUGCAAGUCCUGAAUCAAACUGGAUUAGGAAGCCAUUGUAUGGAUUAUUUCAAUAUAAUUCCAGUAUGAUUGGACUAGAAUCGUUAGCCGAUCCCUCAGAUACCUGGGAAAUUAUAGAGACUAUUGGGAAAGGCACUUACGGUAAAGUCUAUAAGGUUGCCAAUAAGAAAGACGGGAGCCUGGCGGCAGUAAAGAUUCUGGAUCCUGUCAGUGAUGUAGAUGAAGAAAUUGAAGCUGAAUAUAAUAUUUUGCAGUUUCUUCCCAAUCAUCCUAAUGUUGUUAGAUUUUAUGGCAUGUUUUACAAAGCAGAUCAAUAUGUGGGAGGACAGCUCUGGCUAGUACUUGAGCUGUGCAAUGGAGGUUCUGUCACAGAGCUUGUCAAAGGGCUGCUGAAGUGUGGCCGAAGGUUGGAUGAAGCUAUAAUCUCAUACAUCUUAUAUGGUGCUCUCUUGGGCCUCCAGCAUUUACACAAUAACCGGAUCAUUCAUCGUGAUGUGAAAGGGAACAACAUUCUCCUGACAACAGAAGGUGGAGUCAAGCUCGUUGACUUUGGUGUUUCAGCCCAGCUCACCAGCACGCGGCUACGCAGAAACACCUCAGUGGGGACACCCUUUUGGAUGGCACCUGAGGUCAUUGCUUGUGAACAACAGUAUGACUACUCAUAUGAUGCUCGGUGUGACGUAUGGUCCUUGGGAAUAACAGCUAUUGAACUGGGGGAUGGAGACCCUCCUUUAUUUGACAUGCAUCCGGUGAAAACCCUUUUUAAAAUUCCAAGAAAUCCUCCUCCUACUUUGCUACAUCCUGAAAAAUGGUGCAGAGGAUUCAACCAUUUCAUUUCACAGUGUCUAAUCAAAGAUUUUGAAAAGCGUCCUUCAGUUACCCAUCUUUUGGAGCACCCAUUUAUUAAACAAGUACAUGGUAAAGACAUGGCUCUGCGAAAACAGCUGGCUGAGCUCAUCCAAGAACAACAGCAGUUGGGCUCCAUAGCCAAAACAAGACAUGAACGAAUACAUACUAGAAGACCUUACCAUGUGGAUGGAGCUGACAAGUACUCUCUAGAUGAUGAUCUGGUAAAUCUAGAAGUUCUAGAUGAGGAUACAAUUAUCCAUCAGCUGCAAAAACGCUAUGCUGACUUACAGAUUUAUACUUAUGUUGGAGACAUUUUAAUAGCCUUGAACCCCUUCCAGAAUCUCAACAUUUAUUCUCCCCAGUUCUCCAAGCUUUACCAUGGUGUGAAGCGUUCAUCAAAUCCCCCCCACAUAUUUGCCUCUGCGGAUGCUGCCUACCAAAGCAUGGUUACAUUCAGCAAGGAUCAGUGCAUUAUCAUCAGUGGGGAAAGUGGUGCUGGAAAGACAGAAAGUGCCCAUCUGAUCGUCCAACAUUUGACCUUCUUGGGAAAGGCCAAUAACCGUGCUUUGCGUGAGAAAAUUCUUCAGGUGAAUCCUCUGGUUGAAGCAUUUGGGAAUGCCUGCACUGCCAUCAAUGACAACUCAAGUCGCUUUGGAAAAUAUCUGGAAAUGAUGUUUACACCCACAGGAGCUGUAAUGGGGGCAAAGAUUUCUGAAUAUCUCCUUGAAAAAUCAAGGGUCAUAAAACAGGCUGUGGGAGAGAAAAAUUUCCAUAUAUUUUAUUAUAUUUAUGCUGGCCUUUAUCAUCAGAAGAAACUUUCUGAAUAUAGACUUCCUGAUAAAAAGCCUCCUAGAUAUAUUGAUAAUGAAACUGGAAGAGUGAUGCAUGAUAUUGUUACUAAAGAUUCUUAUGGAAGACAAUUUGAAGCGAUUCAGCAUUGCUUUAGAAUUAUAGGAUUUACUGACGAGGAAGUGUACUCAGUGUACAGAAUUCUGACUGGAAUCUUAAAUACUGGAAAUAUUGAGUUUGCUGCCAUUUCUUCACAACACCAAACGGAUAAAAGUGAGGUUCCCAACCCAGAAGCCUUAGAUAAUGCUGCUGCACUGCUAAGUAUUGGGUCAGAAGAACUUCAAGAGGCCCUAACCUCCCACUGUGUUGUAACACGGGGGGAGACUAUUAUCCGGACCAACACCGUGGACAAAGCAGCAGACGUGCGAGAUGCCAUGUCUAAAGCACUUUAUGGCCGACUCUUCAGCUGGAUUGUAAAUCGUAUUAAUACACUGCUUCAGCCAGAUAAAAAUAUAUGCAAUGCUGAAAGUGGGAUGAAUGUUGGGAUACUAGACAUAUUUGGAUUUGAGAACUUCGCAAGAAAUUCUUUUGAACAGCUGUGCAUAAAUAUUGCUAAUGAACAGAUCCAGUUUUAUUUCAAUCAACAUAUCUUUGCACUUGAGCAGAUGGAGUAUCAGAGCGAGGGAAUUGAUGCAACUACAGUGGAGUAUGAGGACAACCGUCCUCUUCUAGAUAUGUUCCUUCAGAAACCCAUGGGUCUCCUGUCUCUGCUAGAUGAAGAAAGUCGAUUUCCUCAGGCAACAGACCUAACUUUAGUUGAUAAAUUUGAAGAUAACUUACGAUGCAAAUACUUUUGGAGACCAAAAGGAGUAGAGCUGUCAUUUGGUAUUCAGCACUAUGCUGGAAAGGUAUUAUAUGAUGCCAGUGCAUUCCUUGAGAAGAACAGAGACACUCUUCCUGCCGACAUAGUGGUGGUGUUGCGAACUUCAGAGAACAAACUUCUUCAGCAGCUGUUCUCUAGCCCAUUAACAAAGACAGGUAAUUUGGCACAAGCAAGAGCCAGAGUGACAGCAGCAUCUAGGUCUUUGCCUCCUCAGCUCAGUGCUGGGCGUAUCAAGUCUCCUAAAUAUCUCCUGAAGGUUGACACAAUGGAGGUUAUGCGGCAUCCUGAGGAAACAACUAACAUGAAGCGGCAAACUAUGGCUUCCUAUUUUAGGUAUUCCCUCAUGGAUCUUUUAUCUAAAAUGGUUGUUGGACAGCCUCACUUUAUCCGGUGCAUUAAACCUAAUGAUGAUCGAGAAGCACUGAUGUUUUCUCACGAGAGAGUUCUGUUGCAGCUACGAUACACUGGAAUUCUGGAAACUGUCAAAAUACGUCAAAAAGGGUAUUCUCAUCGCAUCCUCUUUGAAGAGUUUGUAAAAAGGUAUUAUUACCUUGCGUUCAAGGCACACGAGGCUCCCCUUGGUAGCAGAGAAAACUGUCUUGCCAUUUUGGAGAAAUCUAAGCUAGACAACUGGAUUCUUGGGAAGACCAAGGUUUUUUUAAAGUAUUACCAUAUAGAGCAGUUAAAUUUGUUCCUUCGAGAAGUUAUAGGGAGAGUGGUGGUCAUGCAAGCCUAUGUCAAGGGAUGGCUCGGAGCAAGGAGGUACAAGAAAGUCAAAGAUAAAAGAGAAAACAGUGCUCUUACUAUACAGUCAGCCUGGAGAGGAUAUGAAGCUCGCAGGAAGUACAAGGAAAUAAGGAACAGAAGAACUGAUGCUGCUAUACAUAUUCAAGCAGCUUUCAGGGGAUAUAUUGUUCGUAAAAACUACACAAGAUUGAAAACCAGCACUGAGCGUGUAGCAGAUCCUCAGCUUACAAGCAGCUGCUCUACUUCUGAUUUUGACUGUGAAGAAGACUGGCAGCAAACCAAAAACCGGUCUUCUCCCAUGGUGCCUGAUUUUCCUGACAAACAAACAAAAAAGAAUGAUUUGGAUGAGAUUUCUGCUUCUCCAGUUAUUCUGAAACAUUCAUUCGAAGUAAAUGAUUCACAAUCAAUUAGCCAAUCCGAGGCAGUUGCAGACCAUCGGUUGUCAAGCCUCUUGAGAUCUCGUAAAAAAGGAGGUUCAGAAAACUGUCUUGAACAGAAGCUGAGAACACCUCGUCGACGAUGUCAGCAGCCCAAAAUGCUGAAUAGCCCUGAGGACAACAUGUACUAUAACCAGUUAAAUGGAACUCUAGAAUAUCAAGGGAGCAAGAGGAAGCCAAGAAAACUUGGCCAAAUCAAAGUGCUGGAUGGAGAGGAUGAGUAUUACGAAUCAUUGUCAGCUGUUGAAUCUACUCCUGAAGAUGACAAUUUUCUUAGUUCCCCAUCUCCUCCUUCUUCGAGACGUGUGUCUUUUGCUCAAAGCUGAACCUCACUUACUCUGUUGACUAAUACUGAUGUUAAGCUUGUAACAAUCUCAGCCAUCAGAAAUGGACUUCAAAGAGAUUUUAAGCAGUCUUUACUUGCAUGGAAAGGGUAAAAUACAAUAUUUUCCUUAUUAUAUGCAAUUACACUAUCUACAUCUGCUAUAAUUUUUUCAAAUUAGUUUAAUGUCACUAAUACUUUUAUACCUGAAGUUACUAUCUAAAACCUGCUGUUGAGUAGUGUGUUUUCGUUCUUGUUUCUUCUUGGCUAAACACUAUGCACACAGUCAGUCUGUGCAUUUUAUUCUUUCCUAGCUUAUCCCCCUUUCCUCAUUUGCUUUUGAUAAUUCACUUUACCCUCAUCAGAUAAGCUCUGUGAGGUUGUCUUCUCUCAUUCUGAUUUUAGAGUACUUAUAUGCCUUUGGAUUGUUAAAAGCCUUGCUGUAGAGCCGUGGAGUCACAGUAGGACUGGCCAAAGAGCUGAAUUUCUGUUAACCACAUUCAUAGAUGUGUGUGUUUGGGUUGAUUUGUGUGUGAAAAGGAGUACGGGAGGCAUGUCAGUGUGACAUCCUGGUCAGUGGAAGCAUAUCAAUGUAAAUUGCUUAGAUGUUCUCAUUUGGUUUUGAUACCAUUGAAGCAUUGUUCUGAUUUAUUUCCUUUCAUGUAUAUUAUCCUGAAAUAUUAAUGUAUUUUGCUUAAUAGUUCAUAACAUAUCCUGUUGUUAAUAUUUUAUAAAAGUAAAGAGUUUAAAUCCUGUUAGGAAGAAUAAAAUUUCUUAGGCAGUGUGUAAUAAUUUAAACAGUUUUCAGCAGAUGGGAGAGAAAAGGGUGAAGCUCAACAAGGGAUUUUAGUAGAUUUCUUCUGUAGAGCUUAAUGGCACUAGAAACUGGUUCUUACUGAGGACAAUUUCUGCCUUUCAGUUAUGGCAGCUUAAAAACUUCUCUCUGUGCCAAAAAAAAUCGGGCAGGGAGCUUUUGGAGAUUAGCCCCUUUCAUUUGGUAAUUUUAAACGUGCUUCUGACUUAAACAUUUACAUCACUUUAGUAACAUAAAGGAACCUUAGAAUAGGAGUAAAUUGCAGCCAUCUUAAAUUUGCCCCCACUGUGACCUCCCUCACCCAUACACUGUAAGAUUUGUGGAAAGGGCUUUUGUGCACUGAAGGUCUUUUAAGUGGCCCCUAUCAGGCUACCCGAGGACUUCUUGUUCCUUAGAAGCUGAUAAAAUAUGGCUGUAAAUAAUGUAAAGCUAAAAGCUGUGUGGUACUACUAUCUAUUUUACAAAUAAAAAUUGAUGAGAAAUAGGGUUUAAGUCUCAGUUCAAAAAUUUCACCUUUUAAAAAAAGAAGUAAUGUUACAAUUGAAUGUUUAUUGCCUCCUGUUCUAAGAAUUGUAAUUGUUUAGGGAUAUUGCUUUUUUAAUUGU